AUUGUUACCAUAUAUUUCUUUGUGAUGCAUUGAUUUUUCUUUAAUUUAUUUUUUGACUUUCAUUCCAUACCUGUUGAUUGAGGUAAGUGAUGCAUGUCUGAGAUUUUGGAGCACAUAUGGGUAUUGCUUACAAAUGAUUUUUUCCUGUUGGUAUGAGCUUCUUCAAGAGUUACUGGAUUUUUGUGGUUUUGCAGCUAUAAGUGUAGAUCCCAGUCGCGAGGCAGUAGCUCCUAUGAUGAAGGUGCGGAAACAUCCUCCUAGUGCUAGUCGUGUGCAACUUCCUGAUGGUAGAUUCAUGGCUUAUCAUGAGCAAGGUGUUUCCUCUGAAACAGCUAGAUUUUCAAUUGUUGCUCCGCAUUCUUUUCUUUCGUCCAGACUAGCAGGUUUACCUGGAGUCAAAUCAUCGUUGCUUGAAGAGUAUGGCAUUCGCUUCAUCACAUAUGAUCUUCCUGGUUUUGGGGAGAGUGAUCCUCAUCCCAACAGAAAUCUCAACUCAUCAGCCAUUGAUGUUCUGCAUCUGGUCAAUGCUAUCAAUGUUAGUGAUAAGUUCUGGUUACUGUGCCACUCCACUGGAUGCAUUCAUGCUUGGGCUUUUCUCAGAUAUGUUCCUGAAAGAAUUGCAGGUUGUACAUCUUUUUAAGCUUUCUAUUUUCUA